AAAUAAAAGAUAAAGAUAUUAAAAAAUAUAAUAAUAAACUUAUGUAAAAUAUGAUAUUUUAUAGGAAUGAUCCAAAUUAAAAAAAUUACACAUGAAAAAAAGUCAUGAGUUCUGUUUUAAUAUAUUAGAAGGGAUUAAAUUCAAAAAAAAAAAAUUUAUAUUGUUUUUUUUACAAAUCGUCUCUCUCUCAGUAGUAUCACUAUAUAUACAUGAAGAAUUCAUGUCAGCUUGGCUCACACGCUUUCGCUUAAAACUCAAAAACCUCAACUUUCUCUCGCUUCUACAUCCUCAAAAACAGAGUCUCUCCAACAAAGUUUCCUCCUUUUCUUUCUCUAAUCUUCCAUGGAGGAUUCUAAAGAACCCAACCAACAGCAGCAGCUACAACCACCGCAUGGGACGCUAACGGGCUCCUACAACCGCAACGCCGCCGCGUUAACCGGUCCCACCUCCACUUCUCAGGCCAUGCACCAAUGGCUAUCCGUCGGGGAUCUCUCGCAGCGUCAGCCUCAACAACCGCUCCGGCUCGACGGGUCGAUGCAGUUCGGGAACGAGCAACUAGGAAGAGGACGACUGAGGAAGUAUGCUUCUGAUGUCAUUGAUCUUUCUCUGCGUCUUGGUUGUGGUGGAGGUGCAAGUGCUAACUCAUCAGACCCACCACCUGUUAAACGGACCAGACGUCGUCCUCCUGGCCCCGUCAAGACCCAGCUCAACGCUUUAGGAGGAGCAGGAACACCGUUUAUAUCUGACAUCAUCGAGGUCGAAGCUGGAGAGGACAUAGCUGCAAAGAUUGUGGCGUAUACGCAUCAAGCGGGACCACGCGAGGUCGUUAUUAUCUCAGCUUCAGGAGCUGUAUCUAGUGCGCUGCUUAACAGUCCUAGUGGAGUUUUUAAGUUUGAGGGACAAUAUGAAAUCGUUGCUAUGUCAGGUUCUUUCUUGAAUACUGAGAGUAAUGGUACUGUGACCAUAACUGGUGACUUGAGCGUGUCUCUGGCUAACCAAAAUGGCAAGAUUGUUGGGGGUUUUGUUGCUGGAAUGCUAGUUGCUGCGUCACUAGUCCAGGUCGGUGUUGGAAGCUUUGUACCAGAGAGAGUGGUUGAGAAUAACCCCGAGGCAGCUUCAGCUUCAGCAACAGCCAGUGGUGGUGGACUAAAUGAUAGUAAAUCUCCGCUGCAUCAAGUUGGAAACUCUACGCCCCAACCACCUGACCAGAUGUGCGAUCUUCGCCUCUGGCCUGGCAGCAACCCUCAGUAAGCAAAUGGUUCG